AUGCGCGACUGCAGCAGACUUUUGGAAAAGGAGAAAAAGGAGUUUGAAAAUGAAAUAAAAAAAGAAAUUAAAAAAGAAAUUAAAGAAAUUAAAAAUGAAUUUAAAAAUGAAUUCAAAAAUAAUUCAGAAAACAGACAAAAACAAGCUGUACAGACACUCGACGCCGUCAGCAACGCACUGUGCAAAGUUGCAGACGCCGCAGAACUCAUCAGGAAUGUUCAUCCGUUGCCGGAGUGGCAACAGGCCGGAGACCAAGUGGUGCAGGAGGUGCAGCACUUCAUGAGCGUGGCGAACUUCAGCGACUCCAUAUACGAGAGACUGCGAGAAGGAGCUCCAGCCCAAGCUGAGAGCAGUGGAGAGGAGCCGUGA